AUUAAAUAUUUGCAGCAUCCUCCAUAAGUGUUUCCAUAUAUCUUAAUUGUAUUUAUUUGCAAUCUUUCAUUUGUCUAACACGACGAAAUAUUUUGUAGAAAAAUGACAAACUGGUUACUGCUGAUAGUGUGUCUUAGCAUAACUUGUCAAGAUGUCACAAGUGCGAUUCAUCAAAGAAAAUCUUCAAAAAAUUUGGAACAUUCGAUGAACGUGAUUCACGAAUGGAAAUAUAUCGAUUAUGAUUUUGAUAGUGAUGAAAAAAGACAAGCUGCGAUUCAAUCUGGCGAAUACGAUCAUACGAAAAAUUAUCCCUUCGACGUCGAUCAAUGGCAUAAUAAGACUUUUCUCGCUGUAAUAAGAUACGAUGGUGUACCUUCCUCUUUGAACGUGAUAUCUGAGAAAAUUGGCAACGGUGGAUGCCUUCUACAACCGUAUCCUGAUUGGUCGUGGGCGAACUACAAAGAUUGUUCUGGAAUAGUGAGCGCUUACAAAAUUGCGAUCGACAAAUUUGACAGAUUGUGGGUUCUGGACUCGGGUCUUGUUAAUAAUAUUCAACUUAUGUGUUCUCCAAAAUUACUUGCCUUUGAUCUCAAUACCUCAAAGUUGCUUAAACAAAUCGAGAUACCGCACGAUAUUGCCGUAAAUUCCAGCACAGGAAUGGGAGGACUCGUAUCGCUAGUUGUUCAAGCUAUGGAUCCUAUGAAUACUACGGUGUAUAUAGCAGACGACAGAGGUGACGCUUUAAUCGUCUAUCAAAAUUCUGAUGAUUCUUUCCAUCGAUUGACUUCCAAAACUUUUGAUAACGAUCUCAGAUAUUCUGAACUGGCCGUCGCGGGAGAAAGUUUCACAGUGCAUGAUGGAAUUUUUGGAAUGGCACUUAGUCCUGUGACGAACAAUCUUUAUUACAGCCCUCUCACUUCUCGCAGUUUGUAUUAUGUUAACACAGAACCAUUCAUGAAAUCACAAUAUGAAGAAAAUAAUAUAGAAUAUGAAGGAAUCCAAGAUAUUUUCAACACUCAAUCGUCCGCUAAAGUAAUGUCGAAAAAUGGCGUCCUUUUCUUCGGACUUGUGAAUAAUUCAGCUAUUGGUUGUUGGAACGAGCAUCAACCACUUCAGAGACAAAAUAUGGAUAUGGUCGCUCAGAAUGAAAAGACACUUCAAAUGAUCAUUAGCGUGAAAAUUAUACAAAAUCUUGCAUAUUCCGGAAGGAUGAAUAGAAUUCACAAGAAUGAAUAUAUGUUGGCUUUAAGUAACAGAAUGCAGAAAAUAGUAAACAAUGAUUUUAAUUUCGACGAAAUAAACUUUCGAAUUUUGGGUGCGAAUGUAAAUAAUUUAAUAAAAAACACUCGUUGUGCAAAGUCUAACAAUCAGAAUAACAAUCAAAAUAAAUAUAAGAAUCAAGCUCAUUUAGAUUAGAUCUUUUUCAAGAUCAUAUUAAAAUUUAUAGAUCAACUUUUUUUCGUGGUAAAUCAAGUAUUUUUAAAAAUUUAUUUGCAUUAUAAAUGAAUAAAAUAAAUAUCGUUUUCGCAUG